GCUUUGUUAUCAAUCAACUUGCCCUUAUCUCUGUUUUUAAUGAAUAAGUUUUAUUAUAGUCGUUGAAUUUGAAUAAUUAUAUGACAGAAUGAGCGAAGAUGAUCCACCGUUUAUUCUGCUUGAGCCCAACACAUUUUCUGAUGUUUCAGCUCCUCUCAAAUCAUCCAACAGAAUCAAGUACACUUGUUUUACUGCUUCCCAGAGUUUUCUAAUCUUUGGAGCUACGAGUGGCGGAUUAUAUGUUUUCUAUCGAGAACCUUUUGCUUACUCUCAGCUUAUACCAAACAAGGAAGGAGCUGUCAGUCUUAUCUCUGUUUCUCCAAAUGAGGCUUUCAUAGCUUUUGCAACACUGAAAGGUGUUGUUGGUAUUCUCGAACGAAAUGAAGGCCUCGGAGCAAGAAUGAUAAAUAGGUCAGUCGAACAUGCGGAUUCCGAAGUUACUACUCUGCAAUGGUCUGAGAACAAUCUCCAAGUGUUUGCGGGUGAUAAAAGCGGCAAAAUUUCAGUUCUCAAUUUGACAUCUGCAAUGAGCAAGACAAUGUUUCAAGUUCCAGUAUUCACUUUGAUGCAGUUAGAUUCACAAGUAGUUCAAAUGAGCUGUCAGUCUGGUUUAUUGCUAGCCUCAACUUUAACCCGUUGUUACAUCUGUGACACAAUUAAAGAACAGUACAAGCAAGUAGGGCAGAAAUUGCGUGAUGGUGAAUUUGGAGCAUGUUUCAUGCCGGUAAAAGAUGCGCUGAAAAUUUUUUGUGCCAGGCCUGGCUCUCGUCUUUGGAAAUGUGAUACAGAUGGUAUUGUAGAAGCCACUUAUGAGCUGAAAAAAGCUUUAGCCGUUCCACCUGCAACUGUCGUCUCACUGUAUGAUGAACCUAAAAUAAUUGCUUGUCACAAGGACACUACUUGGAAUAGCCAAUCUUUUAAUUUUAACCAGCUACUUGUCGUCCAUGACAAGUUCUUGUUGACGUUUAAAAACGAUGGAGUGUAUUUUUUUAAUGUAGAUAGUAAUGUUAAUGUUUUGUUGUGGUCAAACCAUGUUAAGAACAUUGCUGAUCUCAAGUGCGUAGGAGAUUCAAUAUACAUGUACACUACCACAGGUGAAGUUCAUGCAUUGAAGGUAAUGAGUUUGGAUAAAUGUUUGUUAAGACUUUUUUAUAAAGAUAUGUUCUUAGUUUGUGCUGAGCUAUGCGCCCUGCAUUUAAGUACUUUGUUAAAGUGGAAUAAGUUAACGUAUUUAUAUCAUUUGAAAGAGCUAGAAAAUCAUUUAUUACAAAUAAAUCAAUUGGAUCUACUCAGUGACCUUAAGCCUCUUUUUAACAAAUUACAAAAGAUAAACCACAGUCCAAUUUCAAAAUUAGAUUCAGGUAUUUUUCUUGUUGAGAAUCAUCACUUAAAUUCUCAGAUUAUUAAUAACUCUUCUUCCUUUUAUUCUAGUCAGUCAAAAGUUCUUCACAAAAGACAAGAACGAUUUAGAAGACGGAGACGAUCAUACAGUUUAUCAUGCGAGUCUAAGAAAAAAAAGCUGCUCGACAAAACUUUAUCCAAAUCAUUACCAAAUUUAAAUGAAGCAGUGAAAAUUCCACUUGAUUAUGUGUCAGAAAUGGAGAAUAAUGAAAAUGAUUUUGAUGAGCCAUAUUCGGACGACUUAGGAGAGUAUGAUUCUAAUGUACCUUUUCCAUUUUUAAUGCUUGCAAAUCCUGAUGCUUUUCAUGAUACGUUAUUAGAAUUAGGAACCAACGUGACUGAAAAAUUAGUGGAUGGUACCAGGAGUUUGCAUGAAAAGUGGCAAAUACUAGAAGGAAAACUUAGACUAUUAAAAUCCGAUACAAACAAUGAAGAAUCUAUAAUUAGUGACAAUUAUUUGAAUAGUAAAAGUAGUGUGAACAUAGUCCCUGAUUUUGAUGAAACACAAUCAAUUGUUGACCGCCCUCGCAAGAAGAAAUCCCACCUUCCAGAUAUAAACAUCACUAAUAUGUUACAAAUAUGUGAUGAACUAGACAAUCUCUUAGAAGGUGAUCUUAAAGCAGAUAAUGUUUUCAAAUUUUUAAAUGAGGUAGUAAAGUUAUUUUCAGACUACCAAUCAAAACUGAAAAAGUUGAAGACAACAGCAAAUCUACAAACGUCACUUUUGCCAUUCUCUAGAUAUUUCAAGGAAAAAGAUAUAUCCAUUAUUCAGCGGGUAUUUCAUGAAGCAUUGAAGUCAGAUUUAAUUACUGAAUGGCAUCAAGAAAACGAAUCAGCUCUUAAAAAUUUAAAUUUCAAGAAGUCCAACUAUCCAACACUAUUGCUCGACUUUCACUCUGAAAACGAAAUAGCUCUGGACGAAUUCGUCAGUCAAUUACUCUCUGUUUUUUCUGAAAUAUUAGAUCCAUUUCUUAUUCUUCAAUGCUUAAACUGCACGUCCAUGAAGUGUAGCUAUGAGUCUUUUUGCACCAUUCUUCAUCGCUUUCAAAAUGGCGAUUUCCAGUUCGUGGCAAAUAGUAAGGAUUGUUCUGAUGUUAACUAUUCUGAAUGGCCAUUGGCUUUAUUGUUGAACACAAUGUUUCUCAUGUUAAGAUUGGACCAAAUCGAAACUAGUUCUCAAAUGGGAAUCGAGGGCAAAGUGAACCUACGAUUUGUGGUGUACACAAUUAUGAAAUUGAAAAUGCAUCUUUCAUCAACAGGACUGAGUGCAGUAGAUGCCAGGGAAAAGUGCCAUAGAUUGUUUUUAUUGUAUUUAAGUAAGCUUUUAGUUAAAAACCAUCCAAUUUCUUUGUAUGACGAUAUUGUUCUUGCCUAUGUUGUAAAUUCAUUUUUGAGUAUCAACUCUACAUCCUCAUUUAGUUCUUGCUCCAAUUGUUGUUUUCCAUCAUUCGGAGUAAAUUUACCACCGCUAAAAUUUGCUGAAAUAGGAUAUUUAAUAAUCGAUCACUUCUGGAGCUUGCAUUCACAACAAUGCACAUCUGCAGACUGUUCUGCUGAUUCAUCACAAAGUAAUAAAAGUUCUAAAGUAGUUGUUCUUACCGAUUUAAAAGCAAUUUUAAAUAAUGACCCCAUUCAGGAAGCAAAGAAAGAAAAACUAUUAAAACUAGUGAGUAGCUGUGUAACUCCCUCAUUAAAAGAAAUAAUUACUAUUUGUCAAUGUAUUCCAAGACUAUGGAAGUAUGUCUUGUCCCUGACUGAUGUAAUUUUGUACAUACCAUCUGCUGUUUCUUUAAUGAUUCAACUUAACUUAAUAACUAGGUCCAAUAACAUGCUCACCGUCAAAAAUAUUAACCUAUUUGAAAAAGUUAUAAUCCUCAACAUCAUUUGCAAAAGAGGAGUAUGUCUUAAUUGUGGCUACAAAAAUAGUUUACUGUCAUCAAUGAGCUAUGGGGUACCAUGGACGGAGCUUUGUUGUAUAAUUUUAAAGUGUAUUGAUUCAAAGACAACGAUAGAUCUUUUACAGAAGUAUAGUGAUGAAAUACCAUCAACAUCGCUGGAUUUGUGCGUCUACCAAUGUGCUAUACUGUCAGAAAUGGUCGACGCUCAUCAGACUGGUCUACGAGAAAAAGUAGUAAAUCUUGUCAGUAGCUCAUCUAAAGGAGUUUCUGGGAUCCCGGUAUUUUCGCCAGAUGUGGCUGCAGCUUUUGAUACUGCUGCACGUUUGGAUGGUAUUAGUGAUUUUUGCUAUCAAAAACGGGAGGAAGACAGUCCUGAAAACCAUCACUGGGGAGUGAGAUUAGAUCUAUCUGAAGAAUUCUGUCAUUUGUGUUCUCUUUCAUUGGGCGCAAAAGCCUUAAUUGCUGCCAAUAAUGGUGGUUUAAUUGCCUUCAAGUGCGGCCAUACUUACCAUGCUGUGUGUUUGAAACACCAAAACAGUCAUGCAACUGUAUGUACUUUAUGCUACUCUUCUUGAUUAAUAAAUUAGUCAA